UGAUAACUGAAAGAACAAAAAGUUUUUUAAAUAGUUUGCACCGACGUGAACAAACAUUAAACAUUGCGCCCAUUCAUCCACCUCGGCAACAAAGAAUAACACACAUGCAAUUGAAAUUUACAGUUUGGAACAAUUUUCAGGUGGAGCACACGUCCAAAACUUCAGGUUCUGUGGGCAUUGCAGUUUAUAGAUUAUUUUAAAACAAAGCUUUUCCUGGGGAUCCUAUUACGAGGGAAUUCUACUAUAAAUUGACCAUGAGGAUUUGGCAUUGACAUCAGUCUGCUUUGGCGCCUGUUCAUCAACUCAACACCAAAUCGACUCAUUCUCCACAAAAAAUGAAGUUUUAUUAUUCCACCCUGGUGGUAGCUUUGGUGCUGCCAGCAUUAACCAUGGCAGCCCAUUGGAAAUCACCAUUCCUCAAGUCCUGGAAGGAGGCCCAGGACGAGUGUGCUGACUAUCUGCGACUUACCGACGAAACUGUCGAGCGCUACGAGAAACACGGGUACCCCGAUGAGCACAGCACCCACAAGCUGAUCCACUGCAUCCUGGUCACCGUGAACGCGUGGAAUGAGGACUCUGGAGUCAAGGACUACGUCAUCAAGAACUUCUUCUAUCCAUCGCCUUCGGAUACCUGUUACGUGAACCGAACCCACGAGUGCCUUUGCGAGACUGUUUCACCGCUGCCUCGUCACUCCCAGCUGAAACGUGCUCACAAGUCAUUCCUGUGCUACUAUCGCAACUAUGGAAACAUUGUCAGCGAGCGUCAGUUUGUGCCCUACAGCGACGAAGAACGCGAGGAGAACUUUGAGCGGACCUACGCUAUUGUCAACGUUCCUCGCAGCUCUCUUGAAGAGAUCGCUAAGGGAAAUGCCUUGGAGGUCAAAGAAUUCCCAGAGAUUGCUUUCACGUACACCGUCCGAACUGGAUUUUACGAACCGGAAAAUGGAGUCCAUCGCGAUCGUGUGUUCACCAACUUUGGUAUUCCGGAGAUUCUGAGCGAGAAGACCAGCUGCUGCGAGGCCUCUGUCCGUCAGCAAUACUGCGAAGAACCGGCCAGGGUCUUCCAAACGUUCAAGCAGUGCUAUGCAAGCUUCCUGCCAACACUUGGAACUGCUCAGGAGGUUGCCAAGGAGCUGCUGGAAAAGCCAGUCCCAUCUCCACCGUGCAAGAGCUGUGGAGGACCAGCUCCGUGCAAAUCGUGCCCGCACAGCAUUCCAAGACACCACCCACGUCCUUGCUACAACGGACAAUGCUACUGAACUGAACUGAACUGAUUCGUCCAAACUGCCACAGUUUUUUCAUGAACUGAUCAACAUAUAGGUUUAGAGCAUUACAGCAAAUAUGUAAAAUAAACAUUUUUAUGA